AUGAAAUACCUUUUUCACUUAAUGUUCUCCGUCUUCUUACUCAUUGCUGCAUCACUUGCGGCUUAUCCAGUCGACUUGCAGUACCCUGUUGCAUUUUGGCACGUUUAUGUUGGUAUUGACACUUAUUUUGGUUCGUCAUUGAAUUACGAAAUUGAUGUUCCCAACAACAUUGGCAACAAGUGUUACACAAUCACAACUGGCGUUUCUGUCAAAAUUGAAAACACUCAGCUGAGCAUCUUUGACAAUGCCAAUUGUCAAGGGUACAGAAAAUCGUACAUGGAAUCAACAGAAUAUUAUAAGCAAUGUGGCAUUUGCAACGGUUUUGGAAUUGCAGGAAGUGGAUAUUCUGCAUAUUGGUUGAUUCCCCUCGAGAAUCCAAUUAUGGGAAAAUAUGUUGUUGACACUACAAAUGCCAACUGCCCAGUUGGUAACUACAUUCCAUCGUACAUCCUCUCAACACAGACUAAACUCGGUUUCAGUUACAUCUUGGGUGGUAUCAAUAGUGUUUACAACUUUGGGUUCAGAAUCAACCAAACCGACAAGAAUCACGUCAGGGGCGAGUGGCUCGACAAACUCCCAACAGACUCAUCAGCAAAGGUGUUGUUUUCCAUUGAAAACAAGAAGUGCACACUUGUCAAAAAUCACUGGGUUAAAAUCGAAUUGGACACUUUUGAUGUUGACAAAU